GAAGAAGAAGAAGUAGAAGAAGGCUCCUCGGCCAGCUCAGCUGCCUUCCCGAUGGAAUAAACAUGACGAUGUUGACAACUACGAUGCUCUCAGUGCAGCUGCACUAAAACAACAGCGCUGACUACAACGAGGGACGUCGGGUUUUGUGUACAACUACAUUUGCAAAACCGUCGUUUUUUUUUUUCUGGAUCGGGGUAAACACCAUUUUCCUCAAGCUGAGAAGUGGAACAUAAUCGCUGCAAUGCCUCUGCUGUUUCUGGAGAGGUUUCCUUGGCCCAGCCUGCAGACCUACACCGCACUAAGUGUGGCUUUGCUCGCUGGCAGCAUCUUUAGUGCCUACACCACUGUGACUGAUCCCGGGUUCGGGGUCUUGGAAACUGAUGAAACACCAGUCCCCACUGAAGUGGAUCUCGAACAUCUAAACAAUGAUAUUAUCAACACAGAAUUGACAACCACUGUCCUGUGGUAUAUUGCCACUGACAGUCUCUUUGUAUGGGUAUUGGUCAACACAUUCUGCUGCCUGUUGAUGUUGAUUGCUAAAAUGAUUCAGUAUGUAGUGUUUGGCCCGCUCAGAGUUAGUGAGAAGCAGCACCUGAAAGAUAAAUUCUGGAAUUUCAUCUUCUACAAGUUCAUUUUCAUCUUCGGGGUUUUGAACGUGCAGACAGUGGAGGAGGUGGUCAUGUGGUGUUUGUGGUUCUCUGCCCUGGUCUUUCUCCACCUCAUGGUGCAGCUCUGCAAAGACCGAUUUGAAUAUCUGUCCUUCUCACCCUCCACUCCCAUGAACAGCCAUGUACGAGUGCUUUGUCUACUGGUCUCAUUGCUGUUGGAUUGCUGUGGUCUGGCUAUUGGGUGUGGGGGUCUGCUAGGAGCUUCCCAUGGCAUGCACACCUUCUCUUUUAUGGCAGCAGAGUGUCUGCUGGUGACUGUGCGCACUGGGCAUGUCAUCAUGCGAUAUUCCAUUCAUCUUUGGGAUCUGAACCAUCCAGGGACCUGGGAGAGUAAGGGAACAUAUGUCUAUUACACAGACUUCAUCAUGGAGCUGACUAUGCUCUUCCUGGACCUCAUGCACCAUAUCCAUAUGCUGCUUUUUGGAAACAUCUGGCUGUCCAUGGCCAGCUUGGUUAUCUUCAUGCAGCUGCGGUAUCUCUUCCAUGAGGUUCAGCGCCGUGUCCGCCGACACAAGAACUACCUUCGUGUCAUCAACAACAUGGAGGCCAGAUUUGCAGUUGCUACUGCAGAGGAGCUGGCAGCCAAUGAUGAUGAUUGUGCCAUCUGCUGGGAUACCAUGUUGACAGCACGCAAACUUCCCUGUGGCCAUCUAUUCCACAACUCCUGUUUGCGCUCAUGGCUUGAGCAGGACACCUCGUGUCCAACAUGUCGGACAUCCCUGAACAUUAAUGGGGACGGGGCCCAGGCGAGAGGCCAGCAGCAGGGCGGGGGCCUGGAAGACAACAUCGGCCCAGUAGGAGCUGCUCCGGAUGCUAUACCACAUAUCAACCAACACAAUCACUUCUUCCACUUUGAUGGAUCUCGUAUUGCCAGCUGGCUGCCCAGUUUCUCAGUGGAAGUGAUGCACACCACCAAUAUCUUGGGCAUUGCUCAGGCCAACAACUCCCAGCUCAUGGCCAUGGCCCAUCAGAUCCAGGAGAUGUUCCCUCAGGUGCCCUCAUACCUGGUGAUGCAGGAUCUGCAGUUGACCCGCUCUGUAGAGGUCACCACUGACAACAUCCUGGAGGGACGCAUCCAGGUGCCUUUCCCGACACAGGCCAUAGAGCGUGCUCCUACACAGGCGAGUACAGAGGGGCAGGAAGGGUCCAGUGGAGCAGCUGAACAGGGCCUCAGUGAGUCAGAGAACAUGGAGGUCAGAGGAGGUCGCUUCUCUAAGUCGGCAGAGGAGAGGCAGAAGAUGUUAAAGCAGAGGAAAGAAGAGAUGAUUCUGCAGGCCCGCAGGAGAUAUCUGAACAGCAGUCCAGAGGACCCGGAUGAGGAUUUGCCUGGACUUGAGGAGGACAUUGUUCCAGAAUUGAACUUGACUGCGCUGAGACGUAGAACCAUGGCGGCAGCUGCAGAGAGACGCAUGCACACUCACCAAGACCCUGCACCUUGAAACCCAGAUCGGCUUCAGCAGAAGAGUACCACAUCAUCAUCCCAAGAGGCACAGACAGAGCUAUUUCAACCCUGCCCCAUUUGGUUUACAGUCAGUGGUCAUCACCUAUUUAAAAAAAAGUAUUGCAAACAUAGCCUUUGGACUGGUUUGGCCUGCCUAAAUAAGUUGGGACUAUUGUGAAAAGCCUCUGCAUCACUGAAUCCAAAGUAUUUGGAAUAUUAUAUAAAUUGAUAGGUGCAAGUCAAGAAAUGCAAGGUUGCAUUGCCCUUUAUUCAUGUGCCACACAUUGCAACCACCAGCUUCAGUAGGCAGUCAGUUGAUUGGGACAGGCUGUCAAAAAUGAGCAUGCUUUGCAUUCAGAAGAGUCUUUUCUGAAAGGGGUGUGAAGGUGUCAUUAUUAGAUAAAAGCUACUUUGGUCUUUAGUUUGUUUUUAUUUUAUCAGACUUUAUUUUCACUUGUUUAGCAAAUGGCGGGACGCUACGUGUUCUGAAACUUCAGAACUGAUCUCAUCUGAUGUAUUUGUGUGUUAUGUUAUGAGUUUCAACUGUGAAUUAAGUUUAGGCAAAAUAACAUGGUUUUAUUUCUUACCUUGGAGUAAGAGAAUGUCACUUUAGUAUUGUUCAGCCUUUCUGUCAAAUAUGAAUGUUCCUAUCAACACAAUGCUGCAGACAAAGUGUUUUUGACCCAAAUGGGUUCUGUAUUUAGUGUGUAAUAUCACCCAUUGGUUUUGUUAUUUAACACAGGGGAGUGGGCUUGUAAAUUUUAGUUUUUCUAAUAAUGUUCCCUUGAGAUGCAUAGGUGACAAAGGGGAUGUAUUACAUUUUGUACAAUGGGUGUCAUCCUCGCAGUCUUUCUAAAAUUACCCUCUGAUAAUAAGCAGUUCUCUCUGAGUAAGAAAAUGUUAUUUUCUAUUGAUUAUAUUGAUGGGGUCCUUGGUCAUCUGUGUCCAUCAUUUACAAUUUUUUCAUGGUAUGUAGAAAUUGUUAAGUCUGUGACAACUGGACUUGCUGGGCUGUCUUUUUAAGACGUUUUUGGCACUCCUUCAACAGGCUCUGGUAGUAGAAAUGAACAGCAGCAAAACAUUCUCAAGACUUGACAACAAAUCCAUUUCCAACUUUACUCAAUACUUCUGGAUUUCAAUGACCUGAAUGAUUGAUAAUAGUUAUGAAAUAAUGUUCAGGAUGUUUUAUUUGACCAGACUUGGUCUAAUCACAGCACAUUGAGUGCUAAUUCAAAAUUCAUAAUAGCAAGGAACAUAAUCAUCCGCUGCUCAAAGAUCUUAUUUCAGUAAUGUACAACAUGGACUGGGCCCCUGAAACACUUCGGCUAUUGUCAAAUUUCACUGAGUCUCGAGCUGGUUGAGGCAUAUCGGUGGACACAAAGAUGGAAACUGUAUUAUAAGUGUUUGUUUGAUUUCUUGUUAUUACUGUGCUAAAGGCAGUUUGAGGUGAGAUGUGCAUGAAUUCUAGACAGGCGCUUUUGUUUCCUUACACUUUAUCCCAAAGAGCAGCCCACAACCUCCACUAAAGGCUGAAGUGUUGUGAUCUUUAUUUUGUGUUUAUUUAAUUGCUUAAACUCUCUUUUGGGGUUGUAGUAAGAAGAAACAGUUGAGGAUUUAAAUUUCAGAUUUCAGUCAAUAUUUAAAAAAAAUAAAAUAAUUGGGACAGUUUUGUUUUCAUUUUCAGAUUUUUAAUUCAGUUAUCUAACAGCUCUUAAUAUCCAUGAUAUAUUUUCCUAUUCAUGGUUUUCCUUUAUAACUAUCAUUUUAUUUAAUCAAAACUGAAAAAAACAAUUUUUUGGCUGAGCUUUCCUGUAUUUUUGUGCCUAAAUCAAGAAUGGUUCAGUUAUGGAUAAUUUCUGUAAAUCUAGUUUUUGUAAAUUAUGUUAAUACAAAAGACUCAAUAAACGGAGCUUCUACAGCUUUUUAACAAAAU